AUGUUUCAACAAAUGUCUUCAUCUCAUUCUCAAUUUCAUACACCUACUAGUUCUUCAGCAAAUAAUCAAGAUGAAUUACUAGCUAGACGAAAAUUAGAACAAAAACGUCGUUUUCAACAAAAACAAGGAAAUACUCCUACAGAUGUUGAUUCACUUAUGCAAUCAAUGUUUUCUGAUUUAAAAUUACAAUCUAAAACAACAAUACAAAAUACAGAAGAAGUAAAAAAAUCAGUAUUACAAAUUUCAGAAUUAACAAAUAAUUCUGUUAUUCAUCAUUCUCAACCUCAACAAACUCAUACAGCAGCUCCUGGUGCAGCUGAUUGGUCGAAAAUAGCAUUUGAUGAUGACUUAACUAGAGUAUUUAAUCAAGAAGAAAAAAUUUCAAACAUUCCAGCAAUAAAUUCAGAACAACCGUCCAUAUUACAUCAUUCCAACGAACAGUCCUCAUCAUUUACUAAAUUUGUUUAUCCAUCUUGGUGUUCACAGCCAAUUGUCUUUCUUCCACUUGUUUAUCAACAAGUAUUUGAAGCAUCAUGUAUAUCUAAUAAUAUUCAAACAUCUGUUUUAUAUCCAAUUCUUCUUUUAUCUGGUCUUAGACAAGAUCAACUUAGUCAAAUUUGGUCUCAAGUUAAUUUACAUCAACCAGGAACUUUAAUUAAAGAAGAACUUUUUAUGGCAUUAGCACUUAUUGCAUUAGCACAGAACAGUAAUGGACAAAUUUUUUCGAAUGAACGAUUAUAUCAUUUAACUGAAUAUCCUAUACCACAUUUUCAAAUUCAACAAAGACAACAACCACCUCCUCCUCCUCCUGCUCCGGCUUAUCAACAAGAAGAUUUUGCUGAUUUUACAGCAUUUGAACAAAAUACAGAUGAUGGUCAUGUAACUGUUCCUAUUGAUUUUAAUGAAAAUAAUUUAUAUCCACCAGAUAUAAAAGCAUUGUCAUCGGAAACACAAUCGAUUGCAAGUUUAGAUUUACCAAUGCCAACAAUUCAUACAAAUUAUCAAGAUGAUACUAGUCAAAAAGGAAUUAGUGAUAAUAUUUCAUUUUCUUCAUUAAAUAAUAAUGAUAUUGUACCAGCAGCUGAUACACAAAGUUUACAUUCAAUCAAUUCAUCUGAACCUUCCAAAUUAGAAUUAACUCAAUUUUCAUUUUUCUCGGAUGAUACAGCUCAAAUAGAUUCACAUCUAGCUGUUUGGUUACGUUGUUUUGAAAAAUGUUAUUCAAUAUUAUCUCAAGCAAAUGAAAUAUUUUCAUCUAUUGAAAGUCCAACAUUAUGUAUGGAAAUCUUACAACAAACACGUACUCGAGAUUAUGUUCAAAAUUUACAAGAAAUUUUUCUUGUUCAUAAAAGAAUUUAUACAGCAGCAAUUUUAGAACCAACAACAACAUCUCAAUUAUUAACACUUUGGAAACAAAUUAUUGUUUUAUGGACUAAUUUACAAUCAUUUUUUUCAACUGCACAUCUUCAUUUAUUAAAUGAUGAUGAUAUAGAUUAUUCAUCAUUAUUAUUUGGUGAUACAUAUUCGUAUUGUUCAAUUUGUCUUCUAUCAACUAUUGGUCUUGAUACAGUAUUACCGAAUUCUUCUUCAUUUAACACUGCAUAUUUAACAUUUGCUGGCCGUUUAUAUCAUGCUCCUUGUGCCAAUUUUUAUUUAAAUCUCAUUGAUGGAAUUUUACCAUCAUUAAGAAGAUCGUCUUGA